GACGAAGAAGAAUCUGCUCCCACCGGAGGAAGACAGCCAAAGGAAAGAAGAAAAAUCGACAUCAAAUUCAUCCAAGACAAAUCAAGACGUCAUAUAACCUUCUCAAAAAGAAAAGCUGGUAUCAUGAAAAAGGCCUACGAAUUGUCUGUCUUAACUGGCACUCAAGUCCUUCUCUUGGUCGUCUCCGAAACUGGUCUAGUUUACACCUUCACAACCCCCAAAUUGCAACCCUUGGUUACAAAAUCUGAAGGUAAAAACCUCAUCCAAGCCUGUCUUAACGCUCCUGAUGAUCAA